GACCAUCCGCGUAGCUCCCAUCGGGCCACUGCCAACCGUACCCUGGCACUCCCAUCGAGCGAAACCGCCGCCGCCGUAGCUCCACCACCGCUCUCGCCGACGCUCGGGCCCCGCUGCUGCUCACCGAUGCCCGCUUCUCCACCGGCAGUGGAGAUCCGCCACGCACGACCGCGGCCGUCGAAAGUGCUCGCCGCUGGACCAUCCACAUGAGUACAUGACCCCGACGCAUAUUGCCCGCGCCGGCGACCUCGCCGCCGCCGAGUCCACGCUCGCCACUGCGCCCACGCCCCCUCCUCCAUCACCGCCUGUAAUUCCCUCCUUGCUGUCCAUUUCCGACGAGGACCCUCCGACGCGGCGCUCCGCCUCUUCCGCGCUUUCCCGCCCGCCGCGCGCCCCGACAGCACCACCUUCACGCUCGCGCACGGCUGGGUGACUACCUCUCCACCGGAGAGGUAGUCAAGAUCAGUGCGUCUGAUGCUGGGUACAGGAACUCCAUCUUUGUCUGCUCCUAGCUGCUAGUCUGCCGUCAAGGUGUUCCACAGAAUGCCGAGGAGGGACCCCAUCACCUGGAGCACCAUGGUUUCUGGGUUUUUGCACGCCAGGCAGCCGGUAGAGGCGAUUGAUCAGAUUAUUCUUGUGUUCCAGUUGUACCAGUGCAACAUGUUGGUGGCAGAUAGAAUUUCCAGUUUGUUCCAUUGGUCCCUGGAUGCAUUGGCGAGAUGGUUCAGGGGAAUCGCAACCUUAGUUCUACUCACCUAUCAAACAGAAGUAUGCCAAACAAAAGCAUCUUCAGGUGGAUCUUCCAGCCAUCAAGCUUCUAGAUAGUGCAGAAGUCACAGAAGACACUAUAUUAACAUCACUGAGGCGAGCCCUUGGUCAACACUCUUCUCUGCAAGCAGACGAUGGGCAUUGGGCUGGCGAUUUCAGUGGAAUUAUGUUCAUUAUGCCUAUCCUGAUAUUUGCUCUACAUGUUACUGGAACACUCGAUACUGUUUUGUCAACAGAACACCGACGUGAGAUUUGCCGCUAUAUAUACAACCAUCAGAAUGAAGAUGGUGGUUGGGGUACGCAAGUAUUGGGGCCGAGCACCAUGUUUGGAUCAUGCUUAAACUAUGUUACCUUAAGGCUUCUUGAUGAGGUGGAUAAUAAUGCCUUGACCAAGGGACGUGCUUGGAUUCUAUCGCGUGGAAGUGCAGCUGCAAUACCACAAUGGGGAAAGAUAUGGCUCUCGGUGGUUGGUUUGUAUGAAUGGUCUGGAAAUAAUUCAAUCAUUCCUGAAUUAUGGCUUGUCCCACACUUUCUUCCAAUUCAUCCAGGACGAUUCUGGUGUUUUUGCCGGUUGGUUUACAUGCCAAUGUCUUAUCUUUAUGGUAAGAAGUUUGUUGGCCCAAUUACACCAACAAUAUUGGCAAUAAGAGAGGAGGUUUACAGUGUACCAUACCAUGAGAUUGAUUGGAAAAAAGCACGUGACACCUGUGCUAAGGAAGAUCUUCGCUAUCAACGGUCGUUGCUUCAAAAUGUUAUUUGGACUUGUCUUAACAAAUUUGUAGAACCAAUAUUGAAUUGUUGGCCAGUUAAUAAGUUAAGAGAUAUAGCAUUGAAGAACCUCAUGAAACAUAUACAUUAUGAAGACGAAAGCACUAAAUACAUCGGCGUAUGUCCAAUUAACAAGGCACUAGAUAUGAUUUGUUGUUGGAUAGAGGAUCCAAAUUCAGAUGCACUGAAGUUGCAUCUUCCAAGGAUCUAUGAUUAUUUGUGGCUUGCAGAAGAUGGUAUGAAAGCACAGGUUUAUGAUGGUUGUCAAAGUUGGGAGAUAGCUUUUAUUGUUCAAGCUUAUUGCUCGACAGACCUUGUUAAUGAGUUUGGUCCAACACUCCGGAAUGCCCAUGAGUUUAUUAAAAGUUCACAGGUUCUUGAGAACCAUCCUGACAGCGAAACUUAUUACCGACAUAGAUCAAAAGGUUCAUGGACACUCUCAACAGCAGAUAAUGGUUGGUCUGUAUCAGAUUGUACUGCGGAAGCACUUCAGGCAUUAUUGUUGCUAUCGAAGUUCUCUCCUAAUCUUGUGGGGGAUCCCAUAAAGGGAGAAAGGUUGUAUGAUGCAGUGGAUUGCUUACUUUCUUUUAUGAAUAAAGAUGGCACCUUUUCUACAUAUGAGUGUAAGAGAACUACGUCUCUACUAGAGGUUCUCAACCCUUCUGAGACUUUUCUGAACAUUAUUGUCGACUAUCCAUCCGUCGAAUGUACAUCAUCAGUGCUUCAGGCUCUAAUUAUGUUCAAAGAGCUUUACCCGGGGUACCGCAAAGAAGAGAUAGCAAAAUGUGUUAAAAAUGCUUCCAAGUUCAUCGAGGAUAAACAGCGAAAGGAUGGCUCAUGGUUUGGCACUUGGGGCAUAUGUUUCACCUAUGGGACAUUCUUUGGGGUAAAAGGAUUAAUUGCUUCUGGAAGAACUUAUGAAAAUAGCACUUCCCUGAGGAAAGCAUGCAACUUUCUGUUGUCAAAGCAACUAAGCACAGGUGGAUGGGGGGAGACUUAUCUUUCUAGUGAAACUGAGGCUUAUGUGGAGGCUACUGGUCCUCAUGCAGUGAACACUGCUUGGGCAAUGUUGGCUUUGAUUUAUGCUGGACAGGUUGAACGAGAUCCAGCACCACUAUAUCAUGCAGCAAAAGAGUUGAUCAAUAUGCAGCUGGAGACAGGAGAGUUUCCCCAGCAAGAACACGUUGGAUGCUUCAACUGCUCCAUAUACUUCAAUUACGGAAACUAUCGCAACUUAUACCCCAUUUGGGCUCUUGGAGAGUUUCGUCGUCGAUUGCUCGCAAAAAACUGAAACCGAUGGACAUGAUAUGUUACUUUAUUGGAACUGAAACCGAUGGACAUGAUAUGUUACUUUAUUGCUUUUAGUUGUA